AACACACGCGGAAGUGAACACAAGCUAACAACAACUCUUGUGGACGCGGAUGUGUUGUGGACUCUCCCGGAGAAGACAUGGCGUUACCGGUUCAGCUCAGAGCCAUCCAGCACUACCUGCGGACCGCCCAGGAACACGAGAAACGGGACCCGGUCGUGGCUUACUACUGUCGGCUCUACGCCAUGCAGACCGGCAUGAAGCUGGACAGUAAGACACCCGAGUGCAGGAAGUUCUUAGUGAAGCUCAUGGACCAGCUGGAGACGAUGAAGAAGGAGCUGGGUGAGAACGACUCCAUCAGUCAGGAGGUGGUGGGAAACGCCCACAUCGAAAACUACGCCUUAAAGAUGUUCCUGUACGCCGACAACGAGGACCGGCAGGGACGCUUCCACAAGAACAUGAUCAAGUCCUUCUACUCAGCCAGUCUGCUGCUGGACGUCCUGUCCGUGUUCGGGGAAUUGUCAGAGGAGAACAUCCAGCACAGGAAGUACGCCCGCUGGAAGGCCACCUACAUCCACAACUGUCUGAAGAACGGGGAGACGCCUCAGGCCGGACCCAUCGGCAUGGAGGACGGGGAAGAAGACGAGUACGGAGCUGAAGGCUUCUCCCACGGGGGGUCCUUUAGGGGGGGGGCGCCUUCAGGCUCCUUCGAGGAACACGACCAGAGUCCGGGUCCGGGGAUCGGCUUUGGACCUGGAUCGGGUCCUUCUGGUCCCCCAAACAGCAACUUCAAUAACAUCCACAUCCCACCGGGGGCCCACGCACCGGCCAACACGCCGGCCGAGCUGCCCCCCCCUUCAGAAGCAGUGAAGCCAGUUCCUGUUCCCAGAUCAGUGGUCCUCGUGCCCCCCCCCUCUCCACAGCAGGGCCAGCAGCAGGGCGGCGUUCACCUCACUGCCGAGGACUUCACUAAAGCCCAGAAGUACUGCAAGUACGCAGGCAGCUCGCUGCAGUACGAAGACGUGGACACGGCCAUCGAGAACCUCCAGAAGGCCCUGAAGCUCCUCACCACCGGGAGAGAAUGAGGCCUGUGUGCCCGCUCUGACACAAACACGCACACACACACACAGACACACGCACACACACACACACACACGCAGAGACACACACACACACACACACACACGCAGAGACACACACACACACACACACGGCGCGUUGGUGGAGAUCAGCGUGUAACAAUGGCCGUCUGUCUGGGCGACUUUAUUAAUUCGAUCAAAGCUUCGUUGUUGGCGGCGUGUUUCAGACGCUUCUCCUCCGUCACACACUUUAACUUUUGGUAAAAUAAUCUUCUUUUUGAAAAUCUCUCCUUUCUGGCCUUUAAAAAAUGAAAAUAAAACCAGGCUGUGAUCCGAUAAUAUUUCGGAGGUGUUUUGUUUUAAUGUCGCGUAACAAAAGUAAAAUAACCAACUGACUCUUGACCUCUCGACCUCCCGUCAUCGCUGCCACGGCGUCUGCGUUUCUUCCGGUAACCAUAGAAACGGGAGGACCGCGGGAGAGAAUGUGGCAUCAGUGUGAUUAGCCAACAUGCUACGUGAUGAGCUAACGAGGAGAAACGCUUUAUUGUCUUUAUUAUGAUUCUACUUUCAUUUAACUUUUAACACAAAAUCUCACCUUUGUUUACAAGCUCAGUGUAAAUGUUGAUUAUUAUCUGGAUUUCUGGUUUAUUGUUAUUUAACGUUGAGGUUCGACGUCCUUCAUUAAGAUUCGAUCUGAUGUGUUUAGUUUGAAUAAAACAUUUGAGAAGAAG